AUGGCGGCCCCCGCGUCGGGCACCCCUGUCCCCGCGCAGCUGGGCUUCCUCGCCAUCUAUAAUCCAUCCCUCGGCGACUCCGACGAUACAAUCGACGACCAGAUAGUCUACUACUCCUCCGUCACCUCGCAGGCCGCCGCGCCCGCUAAGAGACGACGCGCGCGCACAAGAGGCCGCCCGGCCGAGGGCAUCUCGCCCGACGAGCGCAAUGAGCGCCUGCGCCAGAUCGGCCUCGCCCAGGGCAUGGUCAGCUUCAGCCGCGGUUUCACUGACGGCGACCCCGUCGACAGCAUCGAGACGGAGACCACCAGGGUCGUUGUGCACGAGCUCGAGUCCGGGUGGUGGAUCUUGGCGAGCAUCGAUCUUAACAAGACACCGUUGCCACCGCGGCUCAUCACCAAGAAUGGUGAGUCGCAAGAGGAAAAGUAUGACCACAACACCAAGGAAAUGAAACCCGCAGCCCUCGUAUUACGUGAUCUCCAGCGCGCGCAUCGCAUCUUCUUAAUGCAUCACGAUGUCUCCCUGAGCUCUCUGUUUUUACGCCUACCACGACACAAGUUCGUCGCGGUCCUCAGCCGCUACUGGGAUCUCUACCUGUCCACCUGGAAUGUCCUGCUACACGGGAACCCCGCCAGAGAUAUUUAUCAGGGCAUCAAUAUUGCGGCCUCGGGUGAGCUUGGCGUCGGUGUCGGCGAAGAAGAGCGCGGCAGCGGCGAGCGCGAGGUACUCGAAGGCCUGGUUGGAAGGACAGAGGGUCUCGUGGACCUAGUCGUGUCCAAGUUUGGCAGCGUGGAUGACAAUGUAUCAGAAUCAAGAGGCCAAGCUGCGCCGCCUUGGUUAGGCAGUGGGAGGGAGCCUUCAAUAGACGACGGAGCCAUCUUCCUAGGCACAGGUGCACUUUCCAGGAAGUCUCUGAGAGACGUGACGCACUGGAUGGAGGACCUGUACACAUGGGGAGAACAUGCAUACGGAGUGAUUGAGAGCCCAAUCUCAACACGAAAGACGCGACCGAAGAAAGCUAAUCCUCCAAGUGACAUCACCAAGGCACUUGCAGCGGAUUCAAAAGGCGUGAGCCAAACAAAACCUACGGGGCUCUCGACGCAAAGCAGCGAGUCAACAAUUAAGGAGCUGAAAACCAAGAAGUCCGAUCCUCCGACACCCAACACGCCAGUUAGUACAACGGACGAUAAGCCGGUUGAGGGUGCAAAGAGCGGCGGCCAAGUAUCUACACCACAGGUUGCUGGAGCUGAAGAUGGCAAACUUGAUAAGAUGGUGAGCUACCUAAAGCUUGGCUAUGGUCAAUAUUGGACCAUUCCUGGUGUCCCUGGUCUUUCUGGAUCUUCCACCGAGCAAGCUGCCGACCAAGACAAGACGAAGACUGCCGACCAAGUUAAGUCGAAGGCUGCAGAACCAGCGGUUCCCAAAAGACCUCCCACACCUAAGCCCUCUCCAUCUCAGGAAGCAGCUGGUCAUUAUCUCAUCGGCCUCAAGGGUGAGAUCGAGGAAGCAUACGGCGGCGAUGACGACGACGGCGCUGCGUCUGAUGAAUCAGAAUCCGAGCGCGACGCCCGUACUGUGCUGCGAACCAUCCAUGCUGAACUAGAGGACAACAGAAUAAGCGGCGUUCACACUGGCCAGUUGCCGCAUAGCCAAACAGACACAGGCGGUGCUACGCUCACGGAAGUGCAGAUGCGUGGCUCCAUGCGUCCAGGCGCAAAUGCCCAAGAAAACAGCAAGUCCCAGAAGCUACGCGUCGUUGUGUAUGUCAACCGGCCCUUCAUCUUUGUGUUCCUGUUUCGCCUGCGGACAGACUCUCUGGCAUGGGACUCUCUGUAUCGAUCCUUGCAUUACCAGCUCUCGCCACUUCGCCGGCCCCUCCUCACCUCUACCCAAUACCGUCCCGAGCGGCCAGACACGGGCCGCAGCGGCGGUGCCUCGGGCAUCUACGACUUGAUCUGGAACCCCGUCGACCUGACCGUGCACACGACGGUGCCCAACAUCCCCGACCACCUGUACCCGGCCGACGACCACGCGUCGUCGCUGCGGUGGUCCCGCGCCGACGCCGUCAACACGCAUCUGCACAUCCUCGGUGUGUACAGCGGGACGCGGUCGCCGCGCGUGACGGACUUGGAGCGCACGCAGAAGACGAGCCGCGGGUGGUGGGUGGUCUGGACACGACUCGUGCAGCGCGAGGCAGGGUCCCGCGCGACGACUCAGUAUCUGCCGGGGAACUCGCCGGGCACGUCGGCGCCGCCCUCGCCCCGGCCCGGCUCGGAUGCGGGAGUGGGCUCGGUUGUUCUGGGCCUGACGACGACGAGCAAGGAAAUUUUCCUGAUACGCCGCGCAAGCGACCACGUCUCGUCAGGGAGCGGCAGCUUGGGGCUAGGAGGGGGAGCUGGCGGCGUCGAGUCUGUCGGACGGCUUGCGCAGGGGAUCGGGGUCGACACUCGGCGAUACGUGGAGGACCUGCUUAGUAUGCUAUAG